UUUAACCAUAUAGCACUUAAUGAUUGAGUUUUUUUUAUUGUUGUUUGUUUCACAAUCAUAUAUAGCUGGGAAGAGGAAGGAGUCUCCUCCUUUACGUAAAUUCUCUUUAAAGCAAAGCAUUCAUCUCCAUCGAUCUACGAACAUGGCUCAUCAGCACCAUGUUGUGUUGCUGGCGGUGAUGAUGAUCAUGCUCUCCGCCAUGGCUGACACCGACUCAUUCAUAUUCGGAGGAUGCUCUCAGGUGAAGUUCAUGCCGGGUUCACCCUACGAGAACACCGUAAACUCCCUCUUAACCUCGCUCAUAAACUCAGCCACCUUCACCAACUACAACAACUUCACCAUUCAGCCAACUCCCUCUUCCUCCGCCACCGUCUACGGCCUCUACCAGUGCCGCGGCGACCUCUCCAACGACCGCUGCUCCCGCUGCGUGGAGCGUGCCGUCAGUCAGCUGGGCACGCUCUGCCUGGACGCAUGCGGCGGCGCGUUGCAGCUGGACGGAUGCUUUGUGAAGUACGAUAAUGUGAGCUUCUUGGGAGUGGAAGACAAGACUGCGGUGAUGAAGAAAUGUGGACCGUCCAUUGGGUUGACCUCCGAUGCGAUGACCAGGCGGGAUGAGGUGCUGGCGUAUUUGGAGACGUCAGAUGGGAGCACCUAUAAGACGUACCGGACGAGUGGGUCGGGGAAUGUGCGGGGUGUGGCGCAGUGCACGGGAGACCUCAGCCCAACGGAGUGUCAGGAUUGCCUCUCUGAUGCAAUCCAACGGUUGAAAAUGGAGUGCGGAGCAUCCACGUGGGGUGACAUGUAUCUCGCCAAGUGCUACGCGCGAUACUCGGAAGGUGGCAGGUACUCGCGCAACAGUAACGAUGAUAGCAAUCACAAUGAUGAUGAAAUUGAGAAGACACUAGCCAUCUUAAUUGGUCUCAUAGCUGGUGUUGCUCUAAUCAUCGUUUUCCUCUCCUUCUUGUCCAAGGUUUGCGAAAAGCACAAAGGUGGUAAAUAAAUAAAGAAUGCUUUUUCCUUGGUAAAAUUAUUAGUCUUUCGGUGGCUCUUUUUUGUUACUAUUCUUCUAUAGUCCUUUUCAGUCUCUCUACUUUUCCUCCUUUUUUUUGUGUUCCAUCAUUUUCCUACCUCUAUGAGUUUCUUGCAUAGUUCUCUUUAUAAUAUAUAUAAGGAAUACCUGUGAAGGUAAAGAUAGAAUUGAUGAUGUGUAUGGAAAAAGUAGUUCUUUAAAGAAUGAGUUGCAAUAAGGAGAAAGAAAGAAAAAAAGAAAAAAAGCUCAAGAUUCCACUCUCUUGAGAGUUAUGACCACUUACAAUUUGUCUAGUGUCUUACCAAUGUGUACAAAUAUUAAUUAAACACUGAAGCAUGUUAAGUUAUAUUGCUCACUUUUUAUGUUAGAGCAUAUCAACAA